UUAAAAUUGCAUGAUAAAAAGAAGGCAAAUGCUGAAGACUCUUAUGAAUAUUAUACGGUUGCAAAACAAAACGUUACUUGUUUUUGAUGAAGAGAAAGAUCAUCUGAGACUACCUAGUGAGAGAGAGGUGGAUUAGUCGUUCUUUCGUGUUCGUAGAAUUUACUGAAUUUCGUCUUUGAAAUGUUGGCUUCCAUGUUGAAGGAACACCAAGCCAAACAGGCUACAAGGAAAGAUCAGCAAGAAAAAAGACGGAAGGAAGCAACGGUGGCCGCAUUAAACGUGACGAAGGCAUUAGUCGGAAAUGUCAACAACAGAGUGUCCCUGGCCUACACCAAUGAGAAGCGUCUUGAUGCGGAGGCUAGGCAGCUCCAAGCCAAUGCAGCUCAGUUUGCCAAACAGAGCAUGCAGUGGUUAUCCCUGUUACAGGUAUUUUCUAUGUUCCAACAGGAACUUGGCGAUGUCGAGAACUGGGCAAAAAGCAUCGAAGUCGACAUGCUCACGAUAUCGAGCGCCUUGGAGUAUGCGCUGAAAGACACGUGAGGAUAAAAGGUGCGACAGUACACGUCGUCUGUUGCUUGUAUAGAGGUCAAACCUUUGGUACUAUAAAUAAUGCUACGGAUUACAUUAUCAUUCCUAGACUUAGUUCACUAAGCCAUCUGAGCAGCAGAAAGUGGUAAUAGAUUGAACUUGUUCAAUUAUUUCUGCAUACUUUAUGUAACUUUGAAUUCUCCACAGUAAAGAUUCUCAUCACAAUAGCUUGCCUCUUCUGUGUUUUGAUGUGGAAGGUAUAAACCUGUAUUGCAGACACUUUUGUAUCAAAUUCACUCAUUAAUUAACAGGUCGUGAGUUUGCCGCGAUUUGCAUAAAGGCAGGUCCAUACUUCGGCCAGUUGCAAAACCACCAAUAAAUUUGACCUCGCGAAAUAUUUGCAGUGAAAUUUGCAUUACCAGUGGAAGACUUUGAGACACUUGGUGGCCCGACCAUACUGGCCAUUUUUACCAGCACCGAGCGUGCGCGCAGUUCCGAGCACACACAAGACCGUGAAAAAAAGACCAGUAUGUCUGAUGCCACCAGCGUCUCAAAGUCUCCGGUUUGAAUUUGCUCAACUCCUAGGAAUUUACAGCAGUAACAUUUUAAAUUAUGUCACAAUUUCACAUUCGUGUUUAUGUCAAGUUGGAAAGCUACCAUUGCAGGCCAAAUCACUAACCUGAGAUGAACAACCACAGAGAGUUGCGCGUCGUAAUUCAUUUGAAUAACUUGUGACUUUCAGCCUGGACACCUUGUGAUUACCUCAUGCUGAACCUAGUAGGUCAAAUGUCAUUGUGAAAAUGUAAUACAUUCGCCUUGUGGAAAAGGAAAGGUCAUUGAUUGGACAGCUUCCAAAUAAAGACUACCCAUCGCAAAAACCAAUUUCUGAGGUUAUUGGUGGAAGGGGGGGAAUAUUAAUCCUUUAAUAAUUAUUUUUUGUUUAUGUUCAUGUAUAGAACCUGCCAUUGGAUGGAAAGAAAUUUUUUAAUGUCUCUUGAAGGUAAUCCUUGCAGACAUAUCUUGGUUACAUACCGGUGUAAGCUUGUGUUAAAUCUGUAUUGAUAAUUGAUAUCUGACUGUACAACUCUCUGCUGAAUUUUUGCGUAUGCUACACUUCAAUCAUUUGAUGAGAUUUCUUUUGUUGUGAAGUGGGAUUGUAAAUUGGAGUGCAAUAAAUAUUGGGACGUUACAGAUGUGAACAGCGUGAA